CCUGUGCUCCACUUACGCUUGAGUCAUUCCGUCCAGCUGAAAGAAGAAGGGAGAAUCGUCUCCGUCAUGAGCAGAAAUUACACGAUGAAAAGGAUUCUUUGGCCGUGGUCGAGGAGGGACACCACGCCCAAUGAGUCCAGUCCGCUCAUACCAAAGGUAAGCGCUGCCAAAGAGGACGCCGAGGAGCUUGGCGAUGUCCCCGCCGCCAUUCACCAGGCAGGGCCGAACAGGGGGCGGGACGACGGCCCCGUCUUCGCAGGCGUCCGGCCCCACUACAGAUAUUCUUUUAUGGACUAUUUCCUAAAGUACCUCCUGGUCCUGUCCAACCUGGUGUUCACAGUCCUGAGCCUGAUGGCUCUGGUGCUGGGGCUGUGGGGCCUCGUCAGCAAGCAGUCCUUCGCUCAGGAGAGGAUCGGCAGCAUCGGCACCGACCCAAUGCUGGUGUUUCUGACUGUGGGCUCGGUGCUGACCCUGCUCGGCCUGUCCGGCUGCGUGGGCGCCCUGAGGGAGAACCGCGCUUUGCUGAAGCUGUUCUCCGCCGCGCUGCUCGCCCUCAUCACAGCCCAGGUGCUGACCGCCAUCGUGGCCUACAGCCUGCAGGAUCGGGUCGUGGGCUACCUGCGGUCGGGCAUGUUGGCCGCCGUGGCGCGCUACCAGGAUGACCUGGAUCUGAGGUUCAUAACGGACGAGAUUCAGUCCAACCUGCAGUGCUGCGGGGCGGAUAACUACCGCGACUGGGAGCUCAACAUAUAUUACAACUGCUCCGCGCCGGGGGUGCUGGCGUGCGGCGUCCCGGCGACGUGCUGCGUGGACCCCCUGGAGAACGGAACGGUGUGGAACUCUCAGUGCGGUUUGGGAGCCCAGCUGCUGGACGAGUUCAGCGCUCAGAGUGUGAUCUUCCUGGGCGGAUGUCUGGGGGGAAUCUCUCGCUGGAUUGAGCAACACGAGGGCCUGAUCGGCACAGUUGCAGUAGUCGUGGUUGGGGUCCAGAUUCUGACUUUGUUCAUCUCCACGCGACUGUUAGAAAGCAUCCGGUGGCAUAAGGUUUACACAUAACACGGGAUGGUGGAUAUAUCCGUCCACUAUAUUAUGUUUAUGCAAAUUAUGUGAUCCAGAUGACCCUGUAUAAACAUCUUGUGUUCUGAUAUUUAAGUUUCUCAGUUGUCUCAUGCUGUACAUCC